AUGAUCUGUACCUGGAAUGUUAGAGGUAUAAAUAAAGAGGCAAGGCAUCGGAAGGUUAAAUCCUACCUCAAUAAGUUCAAUGUUCCGGUUGUGGGCUUGUUGGAGACUCGUGUGAAACAACAUAAUGCAGACAGAAUAAGAAGGAAAUUUGGGAAUAAAUGGAUGGUUGCUGAUAACUAUGCUCACCAUGAGAAUGGUAGAAUAUGGCUGAUGUGGAAUUUCCAGGAGAUUGAACUCAGAAUUGUGCAAUUGGGAGAGCAAUAUAUCCAUGCUGAGGUAAGUGAUCUGAACCAUAACACUCUGUAUUGCCUUACUGUGGUUUAUGCUUGUAACCAACUUGAGAAGAGGAAAGUAUUGUGGAAUGUUAUGGAAUCUCUAGGAACUAAUAAUAAUCACCCAUGGAUUGCUAUGGGAGACUUUAAUAAUGUGAUCACUACUAAAGAUAGGUUUGGAGGCAAUAGUGUGACUGAAAAAGAAUAUAGGGACCUAAGCCACAUGAUGCACACUUGUGGAUUAUAUGAAGCUGAAACUCGAGGGGGACAUUUUACUUGGUCUAAUAAUCACACUACUGAUGUCAUAUACUCUAGAAUUGACCACAUGCUAGGAAAUUUAGCUUGGUUCCAAAGAUAUCCUGAGGCCAUUGUGGAGGUUUUGGCUCCUAGCAUCUCUGAUCAUGCUCCCAUAAGGGUCAGGGCUGAGCAGCAGGCACCUCUAAGGAGGGGUAUGUUUAAGUUCCUCAACUGCAUCACACAGGACCCUUCUUACACACAGGUUGUUAAAGACAGUUGGAAGAAUCAGGUCCCUGUUACUGCUAUGCAUAGACUAUGGAGCAAGCUGAGAAGAUUACAAACAACUCUCAAACCUCUUAUUAAGAAGAACACAGAUAUUCAGAGGAAAAAAAAUAGACAAACAGGCCUUCAUAUACUCACUGCUUUGGAUGGAAGAAGACUGUCUACUAGAGAAAGUAUUGAAGAGGAAAUUCUGGAAUUCUACACUAAUCUAGUAGGGACCAAAGCCUCUGAACUCAAAGCCAUUGACAUCACUGCUAUCAGGGGUGGAAAAAUGCUGACCAGAGAUAAUGCCCAUCUCCUUAUUAAACCUGUGCAUGAAGAUGAAAUCUGGAAAGCCAUCCAGAGUUUAGGAGAUACUAAGGCACCAUGCAUUGAUGGCUUCACUGCCCAUUUCUUUAAAAAAUCCUGGAUGAUAAUUAGAGUGGAUGUCAUAGAGGCUAUGCAGGAGUUCUUUAGGACUAGCAAGAUGCACAAGGCAGUGAAUUGCUCUUUUAUUACUCUUAUACCUAAGUCAUCUGAAGCAAGAACUGUGAAAGAUAUGAGGCCCAUUUCCUGCUGUACCACAAUUUACAAAGUUAUUUCUAAGAUCCUCACUGCUAGGCUGGGCAUGAUUAUUGAUACUGUGGUAGAUGACAGCCAGUCAGCAUUCAUACCUGGCAAAGUUAUCCAUGACAACAUCAUGUUGGCACAGGAGUCGGUGAGAGGAUACAAUAGGAAAAACUUGUCCCCAAGGUGUAUGAUCCAGGUGGACAUUCAGAAGGCAUAUGACACUGUGGAUUGGGAUGCUCUGCAACACAUCAUGAUUGAGCUUGGCUUCCCCCACCUUUUUGUUAACUGGAUCAUGGCAUGUGUUAGAAAUGUGUCUUACAGGUUUUCGCUCAAUGGCAGUCCUACUGGAAUCUUACAAGCCAAGAGGGGAUUGAGACAAGGAGAUCCCAUAUCUCCCCUUCUCUUUGUGCUUGUUAUGGAAUACCUCCACAGAGUUCUACAGACCUUGGUUCAUAACCCUAUCUUCAAAUUUCACCCCAACUGUGACAAACUCAGAAUUAAUAUUCUUUGCUUUGCAGAUGAUUUGCUUUUGUUUGUGAAGGGUGAUCUUAUGUCUAUUAAGUUGCUAAUGAGUAAGUUCAGGGAGUUUUCUGCUCCCACAGGAUUGCUUGCUAGUCCUUCCAAAAGUAAAGUGUAUUUUGGAGGAGGUGAUAUAGAGGAACAAAACUUGAUUCAACAGGAAACUGGUUUUGUAGUUGGUCACAUGCCUUUUAAGUACUUAGGUAAGGAAACGAUUUCUAGAAAGGCAUUAGUGUCUUGGGAACACACUUGUGAUCCCAUCUCUGCUGGAGGUAUGAAUCUUAUUGAUCUUUCUUUUUGGAAUAGAGCCACUAUGUGUAAAAUGCUUUGGAAUAUUUGUGGAAAGAAAGAUGUUCUAUGGAUUAGGUGGGUGCAUAUGUUCUAUAUCAGAAAUAGGGAUGUGGAUACAUACCAACCCAAUAGUAGUUGCUCUUGGAUAUUAAAAGCUGUCUUCAAAUAUAGGGAUUUGGUACUACAUUCUCCUGUGUGGACUGGUUUCAAAAGUGCAGGGGCUUUUGUGACUAGGAAAAUGUAUGAUUGGCUAAGGGGGAAUAAACCAAGGGUGAGUUGGAGAAACUUGAUCUAUGUGAACAAAGCUAGGCCUCGAGCUUUGUUUACCUUGUGGCUGGCAUGCCAAAACCGGCUCCUAACAAAGGAGAGACUUAAUAAGAUUGGUGUUACUACAGAUGGGAAAUGUGUGUUAUGUGGAGCUCUUGAGAAUAGUGAUCAUCUGUUCUUCCUGUGCACAGAAACAAGGAGGGUGUGGCAAAAAGUGUUAGGCUGGAUACGCAUCAUGAGGGUCCCUGUUGAUUGGCAGAAUGAAUUAUGCUGGAUAUGUUCCCAGGUCCAAGGCAAAAGCAACAAAGCUAGAGUGCUGAAGAUCGCAAUCACGGAAACUAUAUGUCAUGUUUGGCAGUAA